AUGCAAAAUGUUAAUAAUCAUGUUCAAAGUGGUAUGAGAGUAGAUAAGUGUAAUAGUGCGGCAAAUAUAAAUCACACGGAAAUACAUAAACUGGUCUCCUCUACUCAAAGUUAUAUAAGCAGAAAUCCCAAAAAAUCUAGAAGAUUGAGGAGUUCAUUUACAACUGAACAACUUAAUUAUUUGGAAAGUGAAUUUAAGAAAUUCCCUUACAUAGGAAAUGUCAAUCGUCAAGAAUUAUCUAGAAAUUUGAAUCUUCCUGAGAGGGCAAUAAAAAUCUGGUUCCAAAAUAGAAGAAUGAAAGAAAAAAAGGAAUCAAAUAAAGAGGAAGACAUAAACCAAUGUGUUUCUAUAAAAAUCACUAAUAAUCCAUUAAAUAAUGUGCAUAAUUUGCAAUCAGCUAAUGAUGAAAUUAAUGUAUCAACACCAUUACAAGUUGAAAGUAACGAGGCAAAAUAUGUUGCAAUAAAGCCUAGCAUAACUGAUAAUACACCAAUCAAUUACACCGUAAAAGAUUCUAGGGAACAAGAAAUAACCACUACCACGGAAACUAUUGAUACUGGAAAAACCAACCAUAAGCAUGUACCACUGUAUAAUGACCGAAAAAUGGAAAACAAAAAUCUAAGUAAAACUAAUGAUCUCAAAGUAGAAAACGUCAUAACAUCCUUUAAAAGCAUAGAAGAAGAUAAUGGAAGUAAAAACCGGAACACCAGUCCCUGUUUAGCUCAGUCCCAAGAUAUGCCUGAAGAUUUAUCUCGAAAGUCCAAAACCAAGUCUUCGAUUGAAUUAAAAGCUCAACAUUCGUAUACAGAUUCAGGAAGUGUGCCGGUAUAUAUACCAAACUGUUAUACACCGUCCUAUAUUCCUGGUAACGUUUUAUGGAAUCCUAACAUGGGAAUUAUUACAAAUGGGGCUGUACCGACAUACCCACCUAGCUCUUACAUUAUCAAUCAACAGAAUUUGCGAAAAAGUAAUUGUCAUUGUGAUUGCCACCUUCAAUUGAUUCCCCAGGUUACAGAGAAUCCAGGGCCAUAUUUUCCGGUGUAUACCAUUCCCUUCACAGCUCAUUUACAAUAA